UGGAUAUAUAUAAACCUCGUUUCUCGGGUUUCCGCUCCUGGAGAGCUUUUAGCCCAAGUUAGCGAAUUCCCGAAUCCCCACACCCUUGCUGGUGUUUCCCCCUUCAAUUUAAGAAGAAAAUGCUAGAUUUCGCCAUGGCGGACGAGGAAGAGGCGAUCGCGGCGGCGGCGCUGGUGUCGGAGCUUUCAUUCCCGGUGGUUCUCUUCGACGGGGAGCAGGAGAUCAACGUCGGCCGGGUGGUCCUCCUCCCUUCCAUGAAUUUUAAGGCCUUCCAAUCGAUCAUCAGCGACAGAAUCGGCCUCUCGCCCAACCAAUUCUCCGUCCACGUGGCCGACAGGCACCGCCGCGGGUUCCAAAUCCCGGUCACCGGGAAGACGAACUUCUCCGCGAUCACGCGGAACAAGGGGUAUUUCUUCCUGGUGCUCCUGAAGCGAUCCAGGCGCGAGCGGAGGCGGAGGAGCCCUGCGGCGGCGGCGGUACGGAAAACAGCGGAGAGCCACCACCGGUUCGAUCCGCCGCCGGGGAACGUGAUGCUACUGAGGCGAGGCGGCGGCGGUUACGGGUUUGCUUCGGAGCUGGAGUUGGGCCUGGCCGGGUACGAGAGGCGGGUGAGGGAGCUGCAGGUGGAGAAGGAGAGGUACUUGAUGAACAUGGGAUUUGUCUCCUCCGGUCAGGGCCUGGAAUCGCUGAGCUUGGAUUCCGGGGAGAGAUCGCCGGAGAGCGAAGGCGUGGUGUGCGGAGAGUGUUCGAGAGGUGGCGAGCCGGAGUUCCACUGGUGUGUACAUGAUCCGGUUACGGUCGGGUUCAGGUCGCCGGCGGGUCCCAUCGCGCGACCGUCUAGAGAGUCCGGAGGAGCUGGGAUAGGGUACGGGAUGGUGUAGGAGAAAAAAAAAGGAGAAACCCUGGUAGUGGUACUACUGGUACAGUGAUACAGAAGCUGCCCAAUCGGAGGAAGGAGGACUUAGUUUGUAGGUUAUGAUAAAUUUGGGGGCAAAUGGGAGAUUGAUUUAAAUUAGGGGGUGGGUAUUUGCUGGAAGAAUAGUGGGGACUGGGGGUGGGGAAGGAAAUUAUUGAGUAGUUGUAAUUUGUAUUUUGUAGGGUGCUGUUUUGGUUAUACGGAUAAGGAUUGGGUGGUGUUUGGGAAGGCGUGAAAGAAUAGGGGUUUUCCAUUUUUAACAAAUUUAUUACUUUUUGCUUUUCUGUUGAGAAUUGAGAUUGAGCUGGGAAGGGAAAUGAGACAGACAGAGGCACUGCAGGCAGGCAGCUGGUGCAGGAAAAGUUCGUUUGCUUUUUCGUUUGUUUUGUGCUUACCAGAUAUGUAAUUAACCAUUUAUGGUGGAUCAGUGCAGUAAGUUUGGAAAUGGAGUAAUGAAAACUUACUAUUCAGUAUUCUUUUUA